CUGCAUUGGUGCUCUUCCCGACUGUCCGUUUAUCUCCAGACAGACUCCGGACUCUAAGCUACAUAUUGUACUAUACUAGAACUUGCAGGGUGCCGCCACCACACAAUGCGCUGGGGCUCUUUGCUGUCCCUGGGUGGGGCCGCCUUGCUGCUGCAAGGCCAGCUCCAGCACGUCCUAGCGGAUAUCCCUAUCGAGGUGACUUCCAAAGACUCCCUCAAGGAGGCCGGCAAGACCAUCACUGGGCCCAUGUGGGAAUACUACCUUGCCAACCAGACCGAGGGGAUUCCCGGCAAACUGACCGAUACCUGGUAUGUCGCGGGAGCGAUGUUCAUGACUAUGAUCCAGUUCUGGCAUGUCUCUGGGUAUAACGAGCACAACUCGGUCGUCUCGCAUGACCUGAUGUUCCAGGCGGGCCGGAACUACGACUACUUUGACUCGAAUUACAGUCAGUGGCUGGGUAACGAUGACCAAAUGUUCUGGGGCCUUGCUACCAUCACGGCCUCAGAAACCGGCUUCCCUGAAGUCAGCAACAAGCCCACCUGGACUUCGCUAGCGCGCGCCGUCUUCAACAUGCAGGCCAAUCGAUGGGACGAGCGUGCGUGCGACGGUGGCAUCACCUGGCAGAUUCAUCCCUGGCAAGCAGGGUAUACGCUCCGCAACUCGAUCUCCAAUGGCGGGCUGUUUCAGCUGGCCGCCCGAUUGGGUCGGUUCACGAACAACCAGACAUACUUUGACUGGGCAGAGAAGAUCUGGGACUGGGCCGCAGCCAGUCCGCUGAUUGACACGAAUACGUGGUUCGUCGCCGACUCAACCUCCGGCUCCAACGACUGCGUGGAUGCGGACCGCAUGCAGUGGAGCUACAACUACGGGACGUUCAUUGCAGGCGCAGCAUAUAUGUACAAUGCUACAAAAGAUGUGAAGUGGCGCAACCGCACUGAGGGCCUCGUCGACCAUGUUUUUAAGCAUUUCUUCCCAACCAAGUACACCACCGCGAUUGGCCCGGGCACGAUCUUCUCCGACGUGGCCUGCGAGCCGCUGCAGACGUGCGAUAGGAAUAUGCUGAAUUUCAAAGGGUGGAGCUCGAUGUGGUUGGCCAUGGCUGCCAUUAUGGUGCCUGAGCUCCGUGAGAAGAUCACGCCGAAGCUGCAAGGGUCCGCGCUGGCGAUCGGGCGCUCCUGUGACGGAUCAUCGGAAGGGAAGAGCAACCUCUGUGGCUCACGCUGGUACCAGGAAACAUGGGACGGGAUCCAGGGGCUGGAGGUGCAGCAGGCGGCGCUGGGCGGGAUCACCGCGAACCUCAUGCUGUUGACUGACGUGGUGGCCAAGACUAUCGAUACGAACCCCGGUGCGAAGGAGCAGUUUUUGGACACAUAUAACGAUGACACGCCCGAUGCGCUGCCGCAUAUCACGACCGGAGACCGGGUGGGCAGUUGGAUUUUGACCGUUCUUUGGGGGAGUGGCAUUGUAGCGGCCGGAUGGUGGCUGGUGAAGCAACAGUGA